CCGCCCCCAGCAGAGGGCGCCGCCUCAAGCGGGGCAGGCCGGGCGGUUAGGCCGUGUGGGGUCGCGCCGUUACCUCCCACGCGGUGAACUGAGGCGUUGCAGGAGGCCCGCUCGCCAUGUCCGCUCCGGAGGUGGGGGGUGUUUUCCACAGAGCCCGGGGCAGGAUCCUGGACGCGUUUCCAGAAGAAAAGGAAAGGGAAUGGAAGGGCCCCUUCUACUUCAUCCAAGGUGCAGACCCACAAUUUGGACUGAUAAAGGCCUGGUCCACUGGGGACUGUGAAGCAAGUGGUGACGAGUGGGACCAGGAAAUCCGUCUAACUGAACAAGCUGUUCUAGCCAUCAACAAGCUGAACCCCAAGCCGAAAUUUUUUGUUCUGUGCGGUGACCUCAUCCAUGCCAUGCCAGGAAUGCCCUGGCGGAAGGAGCAGACGGAGGACCUGCAGCGGGUGCUCGGGGGCGUCGACAAGGCCAUCCCGCUGGUCUUCGUCAGCGGCAACCACGACGUCGGCAACACCCCAACAGCCGAGUCCGUGGAGGAGUUCCAGCGGACGUGGGGGGACGACUACUUCAGCUUCUGGGUUGGGGGCGUCCUGUUCCUUGUCCUCAAUUCCCAGUUCUUCUUCGAUGCCUCCAAGUGCCCCGCCUUGAAGCAGGCCCAAGACCAGUGGCUGGACGCGCAGCUGAGCACCGCGGGCGACAGGAAGUGCCAGCACGCAGUCAUCUUCCAGCACAUCCCGCUGUUCAUCGAGAACAUCGAGGAAGAUGACGACUACUUCAACCUCAGCAAGUCAGUUCGGCAGGAGCUGGCGGACAAGCUCACCAAUGCAGGUGUCAAAGCUGUGUUCUCGGGCCACUACCACAGGAAUGCUGGCGGCACCUUCCGGAACCUCGACAUGGUGGUGUCAUCUGCCAUCGGAUGCCAGUUGGGCAAAGACACGCAUGGGCUCCGCGUCGUCGUGGUCACCGCUGACAAAAUCGUCCAUCGAUAUUAUAGUUUAGAUGAGCUGAGUGAGAAAGGACUAGAAGAUGACCUGAUGCAGUUGAUGAAGGAAAAAUGAUUGUCCUUUAUGAUCUAUUCACUUUCAUUCCAUUGUUUUUUAUUUUGCCAAAAACAGCAGCUGCACACAAUCCCUUGUUUAAAUAUAAAAGUAGACCAGGCAGAUUUGUGAGAUUUUGUCUUUCUUGCACAAAUUGGGGUGUCAGGCUCUAUCCUAAAUUGUAUUUAAAAUAGAACUGCCCUCCCUUUAAAAAGGAGAGAAAGGGGGAGCCUAAAAGUAAAAAAAAUAUAUAAAAGUAUUAGAGUAUCUGUUCAUGAGCAUUUGAAUGAAUUCUCCUAAUGAUGUGUUUCUCAACUCAGCUUUUCAAUUAGAUUCUUUUCUGUAGGAUAUGGUCACUGUUGACCUUCUGACCUCAGUCCCAACUUGAUAUCCAAGGGAGAUGGUUGAUAAUUCCUUGAACGAACUGCACCUGAUUGUAUUAAAUUGUGGUUCUGCUUCCCAAAAUGUGCUAGCAACAAAACAGACAACUGCUUCUCCCAUUACCAGAGCCACGCAGACUUAUUUUAAUAAGAAGCUGAGGAGCCAGCAUUGGCUAUUAAAUUCCGAGACUGCUGUUACUGCUGAUGAUAGGAACAGAAUGCAGUUGAAAUAGGUCAUACCUUGAGUUUGCCUUCCUCGUGACUGAAGAUGUGACUUUUGCCCACAAACUGGCCAUAUAUAAAAAUCUCAUCCAAGAGAUAGAACUGAAGCCCUAAAAUGUCACCUCCGCAGUCCCUCAGCAGCACAGUUUGAUUCUGUGCACAUGCACAUCUGGUGCUGCAGGCCUCCACUGGUUGAAGUUCUGGUGGCAUUAGGCCUCCCCUCCAUCACCAAGACUCUUACCUGUGUCUGCUUUGACAGAGAAUGUGGGAAUGGAUGCAGAAGACUCAAAAAAAAAAAAAAAAAAAUAGCAUCCCAGUGGGCAAAAACAAUGCUUUCAACCACAUUGUCUAAAUUGGCCCCUACUUUGAUUAAAUGCACCAGUGCAAUAUCCUUUGACAAAAGUAUGUGUAGUCUUUAAAAUCAGCAUUGUUUGGAUGUAAUUCACUUUCCUGGGUCAUGUGGUUUGGGUUGCUAUUUCGUCCCGCGAAAUAGCAAGCCGGAGUCGCAUGAAAAAGACCAAUCUCUCCCUUUGUGCAAGCAGCAGCUUAAGCUUUAUUUUUUGCUCUUUUCUUAUAUAGCAUUUGCAGUGUUACUAUUUUUAGCAUUACUAUUUUUAGCUGAGCUAGGCUACUGUGCACUAAGAAGGAAAAAUGUUGAUCACAGGCGUACAUUCUUAAAAAAACAUUUUAGGGGAUGGGAGCAAUUUAGAACUAUCUGAAUUCAAAAACUGGAGAUGUUUAUGCAAGGUGCAAGAUCUCCUAACCCAAAAGUCGAACUGUGUUCAGCUCGUAAAUGUGGUGGUCCAUUAUUCCUUUAGAUUUUAAAUGUCACAUACCCUGCUACAGCGUCAUAUCGGCAGUCCCUGACCACUGUGUAAUUUCAUCCACAUACUCUUUUUUAGCAGUUGUCCUGGUGGACAGGUAACUUAGGUAUUCUGAAAAUCCUGCCAGGAAAAUUACGGUGUUACGCAACAACAUUAGGUAAUCCUAUGAAGACUUUAAACACUGACUGGUUACAAAUGAACUGGAAAGUUCAUUAAAUUAAAAGACUUUCUUGUUAAAAAAGUUUUAGUCAACAAAGCAAAACCAUGGGAAAUUACAUAGAAAGAUAAUUGGAUAUGUAAAUUCAUAAAGAAUAAAAGGCAUGAGAAGUUAAUUAUACUACAGAUCGGUGACACACCAUAGCUCAUUGUUAUGUGCCACAAGAAAAAUAAAAUUUUUCAAAAUUAGAAUGCUCUUUUUUUAGUAUUUUGCUGCAUUCUUGUGUAUUCAUUGUUCUUUGAACAGGUGUGGAUACAUGAGGUCUAGAGGUGGAAUUCAGUAAGUGGCGUAACUAAUAAGUCACAUGUUUGAGGCUGGGGAUGUGAUAAACACUCAGAAUUAGGUAAAAAGACUGCCGGAAGACCAGGGUUGUAAGUGUAUAGGGCUGUACCUCCUCCAUGGGGGGACGCACGGGGAAUGGGAAGAGUUCGAUGGCAGUGAACUACAGAAACCCUCUUUGCUCUUAUUACAUGUGCAAAAUCCUUUGGAUUGUGGCAUUUGGGUUUGGGGAGGGGGGAGCCGUGGGAUAUGGAGUUAAUUAAAGGUAAUGGAAAUGAAUCUUCCUAAAUCCCCUUCCCCCAAAACCUAAUAAGGAGAAGAAUUGUUUCAGGCAAUAAUAUGCUAAGAAAAAGGAAUCAUGAAACUCUCACCAUUUUUUUCGAGUAGCCAAACAUCAGUAUUCCCCAGUGGUAAGGACUUCAGAGAGGAGGUAGGAAAUGUUUUUGUAGAUGAGCCUGUAUCAUUCUGACAAUAUGUAAUUACCAAUGCAUUCUUUUUCUUUUAAAAAGAAUGACACUAAAAAAUAUGUGCCUUAUACCAUAAAAAUAAAAUAAAAGAACCGGUGAGCCCAA